AGACACGAUUUGUUUCUUCGACUUCUUCGAUCGUUUCUUCUUCUAUCGGGAAAAACGGAAAUACAGGAAGUUAACAUGAAAAAACUGGAAAUGCUAUUAUGUUUAAUAAUUUUAAAAGUUAAACAAUGGCAAAGAACUCCGCAGUUAGGCUGGCAUAAGGAAUUGCGUCGUCGACAAUUACUUAAAGCUUUUUUACUUUACUUAUUAUUAGAAUUUAAGGAGAAAGAAAGGAAAGAGAAAAAACAAAGGAAACGAAGAUUUCUGGCUCGGCGAAAAAUGGUUAUUGAAGAGAGAAGACGAUGAACAAGGAGCAACCUCUCCUAGCGCAGAAGUUUCUCGCGUGGCAAGUCGAUUGUUUUCCGAGAGAGGUCUCGAUCAAAUCCGAUGGGUUUUGGAACGCUCAAAAUGGCGCCAAAACAUCACGAGGCGAUAUCUCGGCAUGACAGAUUCGGCAGCUUUGUAGAAAACCUCUGAAAUAUAUUUCUUAUUCGCAAAAAUAGUUUGUUAUUCGUAAAAGAUUUAUUAUACUCCCUGCAAUAUCGAGCGAUUAAUUUACUUUUGAGAUCUUUCUGCGUACCAAAAGGAUAAGUACGUACAUCUUCAUCGUAGCUACAGGGCUUUGAGGAAAAUAAGACGUUUUAUAUGUACCUAAGAAAAAAUUGUCGAAAUGAACAUCGAUAAGCUCAUUAAGAAGAAGCAGCAUGCCAAACGCGACAACAAUCUUCGCCAGUUGGCCGAGAUCACGAAUACCCUGGGGGACAUGUACUUCGAGAACGAACGGCCGGAGGAAGCUCUGCUGGAGUACACGGAGCAGCUGAGGGUCUGCGAGGAACUGCGAGACAAGCUGAGAUGUGCGAUUGCCCACAGAAUGAUCGGAGAGGUUUACGCGAGUUUGGGAGAUUACGAACAGGCUUUGAUACACCAGAAUCUACACUUGGAAGGCGCCAAGGACAUGGGAAACUUGAUAGAGGAGCAGCGGGCAUUCGCCACCUUGGGCAGAACUUACUUCUGUCAGGCGGAAACUUUAAUCGGCAAGACGCAGAAGCAUAACGAGGCUUUGGCAAACGCGAAGAUGGCUUAUGUACGGAGUAUGGAGCUGUGCGACAAAUUAACAGCCACCGAAAUCAAGCUGGAAGAGAGAACGUUGAUGCGAGCGAGGCUGCUGCUCAAUUUAGGAUUAACGCUGGAAGCGCAGAAAGAGACGCAGGAGGCGAUCAGCCUGAUCGAGCAAGCGACCGCGUUGUGCGUGUCCAACAACUUCCAGGAAGAUCUGCAUCGAACGUGUAUUUCUCUGGCGGCUAUAUACGAGCGACAGAGCAAUUUGGAGCUGGCGUUAAGUUACAUCGACACCGCAGCCACCGUAAACGACGCACGUCUGAGAGCCGAAGCGAAAAUAAUAAAGGCCGAAUUGUUCAUGCGAACUGGACAGUGGAUUGAAACGCGUAAAGUUUUAGUUUCGCUAUAUACGAGCAGCGGAUUGCCGAAAGACAUUAAUCAUCAGGUAGAAAGAUAUUUAAGGAUUAUUGUAACUAUAUGCCGUGCGGAAAACGGUCUUCUUGUCGAGACGGAUGUCCAGGCUAAGCAGAAAUUGUACGAGACUUUAGGUGAUGCGGCGGUUGCCGCGCAAUGCUUCGGCAAAGGUGUGGAAUAUUAUCGACACAUGUUGACCUGCGCGGAGGAAACGGGCGAACAAAUAGGUAUCUCUUUGAUGAGCUUGGCUCAAACGCUCAAAGAUGCGGGACGAUACGAAGAAGCGUUGCCCUUCGCGCGGAGGGAACUGGAGCUCUGCACCAGUCCUCGAGAGAAAUGCAGGUCGGCGCUGUUUCUAGCAGAUUUAUUAACAACGACGAAUGCCGCUGACACAGAUGUUCGCGAAUGUUACACUACGGCAUUGAGCUCGGCGAACGAAAGCGAUGAUGUUAAACUACAAAAGUCUGCUAUAAGAGAACUCGUCAGUUAUCUGGAAAGCCUAGGCCAAUUCGACGAGGCAGAGGCUACAAAACGGAAAGCGGGAUUAACAUUGGACGUACUGAGCGAUACGGAGAGCGAGAUAUCGUCCGAGGAAAACGAUAGAAUUGGCGCGGAUAUUUGUCUAGAGGAUCUGUCUGAUCUGGAACUCGAGGAGAGCGCCAAGAGGACGGUCGGCACCAGGAGAAGAUCGAAGAGAGGAACGUCGUCCGCGAUCAAGAGGAACGAGAAGGGUGAAACGCGGCUGCACGUGGCGUGCAUCAACGGCGACAUCGAUGUCGUCGAGAGGCUCUUGUCGUCCGGUCAUCCCACGAACAUCCGAGAUCACUGCGGUUGGACACCGCUUCACGAGGCGGCUAAUCACGGUUACGUGGACAUCGCGGAGCUGCUUCUGAAGCACGGCGCGAGCGUCAACGAUCCAGGCGGUACGUCCUGCAAAGGCAUAACGCCGCUUCACGACGCCGCGUAUUGCGGACACUUCUCGAUGAUGCAGCUCUUGAUGCAACACGGAGCGACCGUAACGCUUAAGACCCACGACGGCGAUACGGUGCUGGAUUGCCUGGAAGAUUGGAGGGAUCGCGUGAAAGAUUUAAGUCCCGAGGAUUUAGUCGAGUACGAAACGAUGUAUAAAAAGCUUUCGGCUGUUAUUCCGGUAAAGAAGAAAAGGAAGAGAUCCGACGACGUUCGUAUACUGGACAGAAGGUCCGCGUCGUCCGAGACACUCGAGGUUCGAGAAAUAUCCGCCGGUGAAGUUUAUAAGAGAACAAUAGCGAGCUUGCGAUGCUUCAAUAAAAUUAACACUGGUAGUGCGUUUAAAGGUAGCAACGAUGCGGUCGCGCCUUUAGUGAACGAGGAACAAGUUCUUGUCGACGAUUGGCUUGAAGACGAUAUCGGAGGUACGACGAGAAGAAAGUCUACGCCAAAGUCUACGCCAAACAAUUACACCACCACGAUCAAACGGAAGUCUUCUGACGGAAAUAUGGAGAACGCUGCUAAAAGAAUGAAACUGAACGGUUCGUGUCAAAGUAAGGACGAUUUCAGUACGAGCGAAGACAGCGACGAUGAUUCUGUCGUUGAAAUUUGUCAAUCAUUCGAAAAAUCUAAAAGAAGCAGGAGAAAACGACAGACGUCCUUGAUCUCAAGUGGAUUCACCGUGUCACGCACGCCAUCCCCAGUGGCUCAUCCGCAAUCACCUCCGCGUACCACAACAAGCUCGAAACAGCAUGACAAAGAACACGUACAUUUACGUAUGUCUGUCAAAGAAAGAGUGUUCGAUCUAAAAGUAGUGGUUUGCGAGGACGAGACGGAGUUUCUGACAUGCAUCAAAAGUACUACCGAACGCAUGUUCUACGACGAGACCGGUUGUACAGUUAAACUGCUGUUGCAGCCCACAAAUGGGACUGUCGUAACGAAGGAGAGCAUUCUGAAAAUCGCGAGAGAGAACGGCAAAUUGGAAUGCGAGAUAGCCGAGCUGCAGGUCCCACCCAUCGUCGAGCGAUACAAGACCAUCUGUUCCACUCAUAAUUCGGCCCCUUGCGAGGUCAUGUUGAAGUGCUUGAAAUCCUGCGAAAAUACAUCGGUAUUUCGUGUGAAACCUGACGAUAUCGAUAAACAAUUACUUGUACCGUUGUUAAAAACCUUAGAGUACGAAAAGAAUAUCAAGCUGUUACAACUGUCUGGCACUGUGCUACUGACAGCGGGAACACACUUACAUCGAUGUCUCUCGAAUCUGUCGUCUCUGCAGGAGCUCUAUUUAAAAGGCUGUGACAUUGACUUCGCCUGUUUACGCCAAGUAAGCUCGUUGCCUUCACAGUUAAGAGUUCUAGAUCUGAGUUAUAAUCCGUUGAGGUCCGAGAGCCAUGGCAUCCUCCGAAAGCUAAUUGCACCCUUGAGAUACCUGCAAACCCUUAACUUACGUUACUGUAUGCUGGAGGAUUUUUAUCUUCCGCUCGACAAUCCCAAUCUGACGAGCUGCGAUAUCUCGUGGAAUGAAUUAAAUCGCGACGCAGCGACUUCUUUCCUGAGCAGGCAACUGUUUGAUUUGAAUUUAUCUAAUAUUCUGUCUUCCAAUCGCUUUAUCCUAAGUUUAGACAACGUAGCUCUGUCACAGAGCUUAGAAUCGCUAGAUCUUUCGUUCUGCGAUGUAACGGACUCUGACGUAAAGAUCAUCCUAAGACAAUUACCUAGACUGUUAAAAUUAAUACUUAGUGGGAACAUAAAUGUAUCUGUAUUGUCAAUAAACGCGUUGUUGAGUCGUCAGCCCACGUUAAAUUACAUCGAUGUUAGUGGCUGUAAAACUAUCGCGAGUAAUCCAGAGGCUGGAUUGGUCAUACAAAAUCCUGAAGUUUGUACGUUACUGGCUAGCAUAGAGCCUAAUUUUUGUGAUUCGUGGAUUAAAUUGUGGCGACGUGCAGGUAUUGUAACGAAAUUGCCUCACAACUUGGCGAUUUUUAAACCAAUAUAAUUUUCUAUGGAAAAUAAUAUUUUGUAUAUAUGUAUAAUAGUUAUAUGCGAGAAAUAAUUUAUUAAAAAAUAUAUAUAUAUCCUACAAACGUGUAGAUUUGCUUUUAAACCAAAAUAAUUUAUAUCACAAUACGAUAUUCAUA